AUGGAUGUAAACAGUUUAAUCUUUGGCAUUUUGACUUUUAUCUCGCACAUACCGCUGUUGACAACAGCCGUCUUGGAACCGUACGACUUGCUCUAUGACAAUGGGGUAGAGGCUUUCUACAGAGGAGACUAUAAAGAAGUCGUGAAGUACAUGGAGAAAGCGCUGAGCAGUUUCACAGAACUGCGUCAAACCAAAACCCGGUGCCGGCUGAAAUGUAAGGACCGGCAUCGUUUCGACGGCUACAAAUCUGACCUGCAGUUCUUUGACACUCUACUCCGGAGAGCUUCGUGCCUGAAUAAAUGCAUUGAAAGCAAAAUUGGACCCCAGUCUAUGCACAAAGUUAGCGAGGAUGUCAUCCAAGACUUCCACAGAAGAAUCCCAUACAACUAUCUCCAGAUGGCGUACUACAAGCUGAAGCAGGUGGAUAAAGCUGCAGCUGCAGCUCACACCUAUUUCCAGGCGAACCCCGAGCACGUGGAGAUGGGGCAGGACCUGGAGCAGUACAAGGCCCUGGACGGGGUGAGGGAGGAGCACUUCGUCGACAGAGAGGCCCGCCCACAUCAGAGGGCUUUUUCCGAGGCGGUGAAGUUUUACGAUAAAGGCGACUAUGGCAGAGCCAUCGAGCUGUUUGAGGAGGCCCUGACCGAGUACUACAGCGCGGACGUGGAGUGUCGGGCGCUGUGCGAGGGACCGCAGCGGUUUGAGGAACAGGACCACGUCCUGUAUCGGUACAGCCUUUACGAACUCAUAUCGGAUCACUACACGCAGGUUCUGCACUGUGAGCACGAGUGUGUCCGUGACCUGGCCACCCGCCCUGGGCGCCUGUCCCCCAUGGAGAACUACCUCCCCCUGCACUAUGACUACCUGCAGUUUGCCUAUUUCCAUGUGGACCGAAUCGAAGAGGCACUGGCUUGUGCCCAGUCCUAUCUGCUGUUUCAUAAGGGAAAGGACUUUAUGACGGAUAAUGUGGAAUAUUACAGAGAGGUCCUAGGAUAUGACGUUGAACCACGUGAGGAAGCUGUAUUUUACAUCAGACGGCACAAACAGGAGUUAGACCUUCUCUUACUUGGCAGCGAGAAUCUAGGGGUGACCUACGCUGAAUCGAACUAUUGGAGCAGCACAGGUGGGAGAGAGGAUGCUAACAGGACGCCGUCUGGCACAGAUGGCUGGUUGGAGUAUGUUCCUAUAUCGGAGAAGAGAAACGUGUCCACAGUGGGUGCACAGGAGCUGAGAGAAGGAGGGCCACUGCUGUAUGAUGGUGUCCAGCUGGUUCAGAAUUCUGAGGCUCUUAACGGAACUCAGAGAGUUCUCCUUGAUGAUGUCAUUUCUGAAGAAGAGUGUUCUGAGCUAAGGGACUUGGCACAUACUGUUACCAUGGCUGGAGAUGGUUACCGUGGAAAAAUGUCUCCUCAUACGCCCAAUGAGAAAUUUGAAGGAGCAACUGUCCUGAAAACACUUCAGUACGGGUAUGAGGGGCGUGUCCCUUUGAGAAGUGCCCGCCUCUUUUAUGACGUCAGCGAGAAAGCCAGGCGAAUCAUCGAGUCAUACUUCAUGCUCAACUCCACCCUGCAUUUCUCUUACACUCACCUGGUCUGCAGAACAGCUAUCACAGGUCAGCAGGAUCAUAGGAACGACCUGAGUCACCCCAUCCAUGCAGAUAACUGUCUGCUGGACCCUGAGGCCAAUGAGUGCUGGAAAGAGCCUCCUGCUUACACCUACAGAGACUACAGCGCUCUGUUAUAUCUGAAUGGGGACUUUGAAGGGGGAGAGUUUAUUUUCACUGAAAUGGACGCCAAAACAGUAACAGCGUCGGUGAAACCCAGGUGCGGCCGGAUGGUGGGGUUUUCGUCCGGAGGGGAGAACCCGCAUGGCGUCCGUGCCGUCACUAGGGGUCAGCGUUGUGCCGUGGCACUCUGGUUCACUCUGGAUCCUCUCUACAGAGAGCUGGAGCGACUCCAAGCCGACGAGGUGAUGCAGGCACUUGACAAUCAGGACCAGUGGAAUCAGGGACUCCAGAUAAACCCGAAAGAUGAGCUGUAGUGAGAGAGAGAGAGAGAGAGAGAGAGAAAGAGAGAGAGGGGGCGAGAGAGAGCGAGACAGAGAGAGAUCGAAUCUAUUUCAGAAACCUAA